AUGUCGCACAACGGUGAAACGGGUGAGUGGCGAGAGCUCGAUGAAGAGCAGCCGACGCUAUCCUCCAAGCCCCAGGACGCAACGAUGAACACAUAUUCAACCCAGGAGCACGGUGCCCCUGCACACGAGGAGGCUUACGAGGGAGAGUGUGCCGAGCACUUUGCUCAGGAGUUCCACUGUCUCCAACAUUACUCGGCGGACAUCAAGGCCCAAGUAGUUCCGCAGCAGGCUUUCGAGGAGGAGGCUCCUCAGGAGUACCCGAAAGAGACCGACAAUAACUAUGACGCACCGCAGCACGCGCACGAAGUGGUGGGUCCUGGCAGCGCUCACGCCCGCUCGAUGCCUGCGCCGCACGCUGCCGCUGCGCCGCCGAGCGCGAUUGUGAAGCCGCGGACGCGCCACGUGAAGAGCGUCGCUCGCUGGGAGGCGGUGGGGUAUGACCCGCGUGACGGGAGCGACGAUGAGUUCGAGCAGUCGACGUGCAUGGCACCGGUAUACGAGGACGAGGGUGAGGAGGGCAACGAGGAUGCGAGCGUGUUCAAGCACGGCGAGCCGGAUUUCAAGGGGGAGAUCAUGUCGUGCUUCGACGAGCCGAACCUGCUGUACCGGAUCAUUGACCCGAAGACGAAGACGUGGGCGUUUUACAACGACAGCCUGCAGUACGAGAUGCAUGUACAGUUCAUAUUUGGCAAGCACUCGAAACUGCAGCCGCUGGAGAACACGACGUUGCGGCAGAACGAAGAGGGCCAAUACGUGACGUUCAACAAAAAUGGGUGGUGGCGCAGCGUGGUGGUGGACAGCUACCUGCCUGUGUCCGGCGGCAAGCUGAAGUACGCGAAGAGCGCGACGGACCCUGCGGAGAUCUGGCCUGCGAUCCUAGAGAAGGCGUACGCGAAGCUGCAUGGCAGCUACGGGAGGAUCUGCUCCGGCGACCCGCUGCACGCACUCCAGGACAUGACCGGGUUCUCGACGAUGCGCUUCGACGAGUCGCUGACGGACGACAAGGCGAGCGACCAGCUGUUCAGCGAUCUUGUGCACGGGAUUGCUGCAGGGUACACGGUGAUCUGCAGCACGCCCGGGCGCGGGCCGCACGACAAGGACCAGGAGCUGUGCGAGAUGUACGCGCAGGUGGGGCUUGUGACCGGGUGCGCGUACACGAUCCUGGAGGCGAAGUACAUCGAGAGCAAGGAGCUGCGGAUGGUGAAGGUACGCAACGUGUGGGGGCACAGCGUGGAGUGGAGCGGCAACUGGGGGAACGACGACACGAAAUGGGACGCGAACCCGGACAUCGCGGAGGAGUGCAACUUCCAGAAGGCGGCGGAUGGGAUGUUCUGGAUGUCGUGGAAGGACGCGCGGAAGUACUUCAACGGUGGUGGCGUGUGCUUCACGCACCAGGCGGCGUACGACUACCGCAUGAACUGCGUGUUCACGGAAGGCGUGCCGUCCGCUGUGCUGGAGAUCGAGGUGCAGUCGCCUACGUGCUUCACGUUUGUGAUUUCGCAGGACGACAAGCGGUGCCAGGUGAACGCGUCGGAGUACAAGCCUGUGAUGAUCAGCAUUGCGGAGCCCGUGGAGGGCGAGAUGUACAAGGUCGUCAUGAACUCCUCGGCGAACGGCGCGCGGCCGACGUCGGACAAGUGGACGUUUCUGCAGGCACGCGACGUCUCGCUGAUCCACGAGCUGGACGCUGGGAAGUACAUUGUCGUGCCGCGCAUCAUGCCUUCGGAUGACCCGGUGGAGCCUGUACCGUACGUUCUGGGGAUGAUCUGCAGCAAGGAGGUCGGGAACGGCGACGUGAGCGUGAAGUUCAAGCGCCUGGACGCUGGCAACCGCGUGUUUGAGAACUUCCCGAAGUUCGAGCCGGAGCUGAUGGAGGUGGAGCAGCCGGUCCAGUACCAGAAGCGCGCGCCGGGCGAGGCAUUCCCGAUGACGCAGAUGGGGGAGGAGCUGAUGUAG